AUGACCGAAGAGAAAAAACUGCGUCACCUGAUGCGAGGAGUCAAACAGGACUUAUUCGCAGGGUUGGUUCGCAACCCACCACGCACCGUUGCCGAGUUCCGCAGCGAAGCCACGACCAUAGAGCGCGCAUUGCAGCAGCGCUCUCGUCACUACAACCGUGAUGCCAGUAGUGUACCUGCAGAGGUCCUUUCGACAAGCAUGGGCAGCAACAGCGAAGCGCUGAGGGAAAUGGUACGAUCCAUUGUAAAGGAAGAGCUUCGAAAGCUUCUGCACCCACAAGUUACGCCGACAGUCUCAACUCUUGCCACUGUUAUUCGGGAUGAAGUUCGUCACGCCAUUCUGCAAGCGGAACCCGAGGCGCAACCUGUUCGACUCGAACAGCCAUUGCAGGAACGUCGAGUACCAACGUACGCCGACGCUUUGCGCCAACCCGUCGUGCACAGUGCUUCGUUUGCAGCCCCCGAGCAGCAUCCAGGCUGUCAACAAACUGCGGACUGCGGCAAGCCGUUGCUGGAGUGCGUCGACAGACAGUGCCGCUGCGUGCCACCCAACGUACCACAGACCGAUGGCGACUGCGGGCCCCCACAGAGGGAUGUUCAUGCAGAGCCACCACCAUCUAAGUCCACGUGGCUAUCGCCCCUGGCCUUUCUUUUCUCCAUCCUGCUUCUUAUGACAUGCACAGUCUUCGUUACCAGGUACCGCAAGGACGAAGAUGCUCUGGACGAGGACGAGAUGUCCGAGGCAGGCGCAGGUGGCGCCAGAGUCGCGUCCUGGUCUGCCGCCAAGGCCGCCGCCUCGUCAUCGGUCGCCAGAGUGCAACAGAGGGCUUCGCCGCCGGGUAGCGCAGCGAGCCAACAAGGUUCGUUCGAGCCGAAGUCGCCUGAACCAGACACUGGGCCGGAAAGAGAGGCUUCGAGUAGGGGCCAACUUCACGACGUCGAGGAGAGCGAGAGACGUACCAUGUCUGCGUCAUCCGUGCCUGAGAGCGAAGAAGCCAAGGCGCGUAGUCGCGAAGAGUGCGCGCUGCAGCAAAGAGGGAGACUCGUGACGGGCCCCGAGGACGCCACGUCCAAUGACGCCCGGAAGUAUGACGCAGCUCCCAUGUCAUGCGAGUCAACAAACUUGCAAAGGCGGCCUUCAAGCACGCCUAACCCUAUCAAGCAGCUGAGCAGAUGCUCGAGUGACGGUAUCCAGUUGCCGGAGUUUGUGCGUAGCCCGACGCAGCAAGGUGGCGACGUGGGCUGGCCCGACAUGGUUCCCGUACAGCGUAUUCGCCGCGGUCUGCAGUUGCUGGGAAGCGCACCGCGCAGGGACCAGCUGCAACAUUUACUGGACGGCCGAGACCUGUUCGAGCGAGAGGAUGACAGCGCCGAUGUCGACCAACAGCAGCUGCUGGAGCCGCCAAGGGAAGACGUAAUGUGUAAGACAGUGCAGACCGAUAUCACGCUUGCACCAGCCAUAGUGCCAUUCGCGGCGUUGGACAGUGCGCUCUGGCCGCUGUCCCCUUCACGUUGUGAUACGUGGCCGCUUCCUCCAUCACGGUGCGAAACCGCCACUUCCAAGGUUUUGCCGCUGCUCACCGUGGAUUGCGGAGACUACAAGACAGGCAGGAGCGCUGGCCUUGAACCUGGAUCCUCAGAUCUCUUCCUACCUGAGCGACACCAAAAGCCACUGGCCACCAUGGACGCACCACUGGUGCAUCAGUCCCCAAACAAGGGCUUCAGUGGCGGCGCGGGUGCUGCGUCGGCGCAAGAAGCCAAGGGCCUGCCAAUUCCGUGUUCAGUAACUUUGCGAGUGAGGGCAUCCGGAGAAGGCCCCUCCACAAGCUCACAGCAGCCGCAGUCUGAAAAAUCACGCUCAGAAGUUCGGGAGUCGUCAGCAGGGCACUCAUCUCCCGCUUGUGUAGAAAAGAACAAGUCACGCUACUCCAUCCGGCACGCAUCGAGUAGUGAACUGGACAGAUACGGCAGUGAAGCAGCCGCAGAUAACAAGAUGGCGUCAGCGGCGGAAACCACUGCGCGUGGAGUGAUGCGAGGCAUCGAGGAGGCGUCUGCAUCCGUUGACCCAACAUCGGAGCCGCCUUCCGAGCUGAUGGGAUGCUGCAGAGGUCGUGCCACGAAUCGUCCGUCGGAGAAGGCUCGUCGCAAGGCGGUUGGGUCACUGAACCCGGAGCUGCCCACCCUCGUCUACAACGCCAGUCCGCAUCCGGCCACGGUUAAAGCCUGGGACAUCGACUGGGACGCCGACUUCCACGCCUGUGCCUCCGCAACGCCUCGCCUCUGGGACAGAACACCGCGAAUGGUGUCACUGAACCCGGAGCUGCCCACCCUCGUCUACAACGCCAGUCCGCAUCCGGCCACGGUUAAAGCCUGGGACAUCGACUGGGACGCCGACUUCCACGCCUGUGCCUCCGCAACGCCUCGCCUCUGGGACAGAACACCGCGAAUGGUGUCACUGAACCCGGUGCUGCCCACCCUCGUCUACAACGCCAGUCCGCAUCCGGCCACGGUUAAAGCCUGGGACAUCGACUGGGACGCCGACUUCCACGCCUGUGCCUCCGCAACGCCUCGCCUCUGGGACAGAACACCGCGAAUGGUGUAA